AUGUUCUUGUACGGUCUCACAAUCAACCCUUCAACCGCCAUUAAUCAGGCGAUCCAUGGCAACUUUUCUGGAACUAAACAACAAGAAAUCAUCACUGCGCGAAAUACACGCAUCGAACUUCUCAGACCUGAUCCCAAUACUGGCAAAAUUCAUACCGUCAUUUCACAUGAAGUAUUCGGUCUUGUACGUAGUCUUGCCCCAUUCCGCUUAACGGGUGCCAGCAAAGAUUACGUUGUUGUUGGUUCCGAUUCCGGACGCAUUGUUAUUUUGGAAUACAAUCCUGCGAAAAAUACGUUCGAUAAAGUGCAUCAGGAAACAUAUGGCAAGACCGGAAGUCGUCGGAUCGUUCCCGGUCAAUACUUGGCGACGGAUCCCAAGGGCCGUGCAGUCAUGAUUGGCGCAGUCGAAAAGCAAAAGCUCGUUUAUAUUCUCAACCGCGAUUCGGCUGCACGUCUGACGAUCUCCUCCCCACUCGAAGCACACAAGAGCCAUGCUUUAAUUCACCAUAUCAUUGGAUUGGACGUUGGUUUUGAGAACCCCGUGUUUGCUUGUCUGGAAGUGGACUAUGCAGAGACGGAUCAGGAUCCUACAGGAGAGGCAAUGAAGAGUAUCGAAAAGUUGUUGACGUAUUAUGAACUGGAUCUCGGUUUGAAUCACGUAAUCCGAAAAUGGAGUGAACCUGUUGAUUUGCGAGCCAAUAUGCUUAUUCCAGUUCCUGGUGGCAGUGACGGACCUUCUGGCGUACUCGUCUGUACAGAAAACUUUAUCACUUACAAGCAUCAAGACAUGCCCGAGCACCGUAUUCCCAUUCCCCGUCGAGCACAACCGCUCGAAGACUCUAGCAGAGGCAUCAUUAUCUGCUCUUACGCUCUACACAAAAUGCGCAUCAACAAACAGACCCAAUUCUUCUUUUUGCUCCAAUCCGAAGAAGGUGAUUUGUACAAGGUGACGAUGGAGCACUCGGAAGGCGAAGUUCAGGGCAUGACAAUCAAAUACUUUGACACGAUACCAGUAACAAAUGCCCUUUGCAUUCUGAAGAGUGGCUUUUUGUUUGCUGCCACUGAGUAUGGCAACCACCAUCUUUACUCGUUUGAAAGUCUAGGCGAUGAUCCCGAUGAUCCAGAAAUCUCAUCGGCUGAUUAUAUGGAGGCAGAACAAGAGCAGGAGGAAACGCCGCUUGUAUACUUUACGCCACGACCGCUCAAAAAUCUGUUACUCGUUGAUGAACUCGAAUCGCUCGCACCAUUGUUGGACACCAAAGUUCUCAACCUUGCGGACGAAGAAUCACCACGAAUUUAUGCUCUGGCUGGCCGCGGUGCACGUUCAACGUUCCGUAUUUUGAAUCAAGGUCUCGAGGCCGGCGAACUUGCAGUCAGUGAAUUGCCCGGUAACCCUAGCAACGUGUGGACAACCAAGCUUCGGGCAGACGACGAAUAUCAUGCGUACAUCGUGGUAUCUUUUGCCAACGCCACACUCGUUCUGUCCAUCGGUGAAACGGUCGAAGAAGUAACGGACACAGGCCUAUUGACAUCAGCACCUACGCUGGCUAUUCAGCAACUUGGCGACGACCAACUCGUCCAGGUGUAUCCCCACGGUAUCCGUCACAUCCUUGCCGAUCGUCGUGUCAAUGAAUGGCGGACACCAGGUGGACAGGCAAUUUUGCAAGCAGCUACGAACAAUCGACAGAUUGCCAUUGCACUAUCGGGCGGCGAAAUCGUGUAUUUCGAACUGGAUAAUAUGGGCGCUCUGAAUGAGCAUCAGGAGCGUAAGCAGAUGUCAUCCAACAUUACAUGUCUGACCAUUGGUGAUGUACCAGAAGGACGACAGCGAUCUCGGCACUUGGCUGUCGGUUGUGAUGAUCAGACCGUACGUAUCCUCAGCCUCGAUCCUGAUAGCUGCUUGGAGAGCAUUUCCAUGCAGGCUAUGCAAGGUGUCCCUUCGAGUUUAUGCAUCAUUGAAAUGUUGGACACAGGUGUCGAACGAGGCCAUGGCACUCAGUAUCUCAACAUUGGUCUUUCAAAUGGGGUGUUACUUCGUACGAUUCUUGACACCAUCACUGGACAGCUUUCAGACACUCGCACUCGCUUCAUCGGCGCCCGCAGCGUCCGCUUACACAGAAUCAAUGUUGAAGGACGACCCGCUGUGCUUGCCCUCUCCACAAAGCCUUGGAUCACCUAUACAUUCCAAGGCCGUCUUCAUCUGACCCCGCUCAGCUACGAAAUGCUUGAAUCUGGUACUCCAUUUGUCAGCGAACAGUGUCCUGAAGGUGUCGUCGCUGUCGCCGGCAACACGCUGCGUAUUUUCACCAUUGAAAAACUCGGCGAAAUCUUUAAUCAAGUCGCUAUUCCAUUGAAAUACACGCCACGCAAGUUUGUGCUUCACCCAGCUACCAAGACGUUUGUAGUUAUUGAAUCCGAUCACGCUACGUUCUCGCCUGAAGAAAAGCGUAAAGAACUAUUGGAAAAGGAAAAGGAAGGCAUUGAGAUUGAUGAGGAUAUGACCAACUUGGAUCCUCAGCAGUUUGGCCAUGUGCGUAGUAAACCAGGGCGUUGGGCUAGCUGUAUCCGUUUGCUGGAGCCGUUCCAGGGCGAAACGUUGCAGGAGAUUGAGUUGGAGGAUAAUGAGGCUGCGUUUAGUGUGGCUGUGAUCCAGUUCAGAAGCAAUCCACAUAUGACCGAGGUGGAGGAACAGUUUGCGGUGGUGGGUACAGCUAAGGAUGUGACUCUUGCCCCACGCGGAUGCUCGACAGGCUACCUGCGAUUGUACAAGUUUGUUCGUAACGAUGAAGGCAAGGUGCAGAUGGAACUCGUACACAAGACUGAGGUCGACGAAGUUCCCACAGCUCUGAUCGGUUUCCAAGGACGGUUACUGGCUGGUAUCGGUAAAGCUUUGCGUAUCUAUGAUAUCGGUCGGAAGAAGAUGUUGCGCAAAUGCGAAAACAAGAGCAUUCCUAAUGCAGUGGUUACGAUGCACACCCAAGGCGACCGUAUCGUUGCCACGGAUAUUCAGGAAUCAGUUCAUUACUUUGUGUACAAGCAUGCAGACAACCGACUGAUAGUGUUUGCAGACGACACGACACCUCGCUGGACGACGGCGUCGGCCAUGAUUGAUUACGAUACUGUGGUUGGAGGUGACAAGUUUGGUAACUUUUUUGUGAACCGUCUUCCAACCUCAAUCAGUCACGAUGUCGACGAGGAUACAACCGGCAACCGCAUUUUGCACGAAAAGGGCGUCUUGCAUGGUGCACCCAACAAGGUCGAAAAUCUAAGCCAAUACUUUGUGGGUGACAUUGUCACAUCUGUACACCGAACAACAUUACUAUCCGGUGGCCGAGAGGUAUUACUGACGUCCACACUAUUGGGGUCGAUCGGGAUCUUUGUACCGUUUGUAUCGCGUGAAGAUGUGGACUUCUUCCAGAUGUUGGAGAUGCACAUGCGUGCUGAAGCACCACCACUUGCCGGACGUGACCACUUGAGCUACCGCAGCUUUUACAUACCCGUCAAAUCGGUUAUUGAUGGUGAUUUGUGUGAACAGUACAACUCAUUGCCGGCAGAGAAGAGGCGCCUUAUUGCCGAUGAACUUGAUCGAACGGUUGCUGAGGUACAAAAGAAGAUUGAGGAUAUCCGUGUGCGAUCCGGAUUCUAA